AUGAUUUCAGGAGUUUUCCGACCAUUCGUAGAGGUCUAUCUCUUUGGACCGUUGCUGCAAGAUCGCAAACGACGCUUCACGACCAAAUCUAAAUCGGGUACAAUAUCACCUUCAUUCAAUGAAACCUUUGUCUAUUAUCUUUCAAAUCGGAGUGAUCCGGAGUGGUAUGAACUGCAACUAGUGGUGAAGGAUUACUGUUUUGGGCGGAGUGAUCGAUUGGUGGCUAGUAGUCUCCUGACACUGUCCCAAGCCCUAGAUUUAGGUGGGUCAGCACCAGUUCGACUACCGCUAACACGUCGACAGAGCCAAUCAGAGGCUGGUUGGACGGUAUUGCGAAUUCUUUCCCAGCGCUUGGCCAUGGACGAAGUAGCUCGAGAGUUUGUUCGGGUCAAGACAGAGUGCUGUACUGCCUCGCUCACUAAUACUGCUCCCAACUCACCACAAAUUGCCUAUGGUGCCUCUGCAAAUGUCAAGGAUUCUUUUUCUUCUUCUUUCACUACUUGA